CUGUGUGCAUCAUGUAUGUGGAUGUGAAUGGCAGCAGCUCGUGGGUGUGAGAUCGUCUCAAAGCCACUCUUUUGGUUUCAGUGGCAGGCGACAAUGGUUGGUGGUGGAUUUCAUUUGGAUUUUCUAGACUCAAAAGCAAGCUAUUCACAUUUAUUCAUCUUUGGUCUGUUUCUUGUUUACUACACUACUCCCUCCUCUCAAGCUCAAAGUCAAGAAAAGUGCAGGUCAAAGAACAUUUCUUCCAGAUUUCAGCACUGUGGGAUUCACCCAGAUGGAGUUCAUGAUUUAGAUUGUUUUAGGAAACAUAAAUCGUCUGGUACGGGAGACUGUGUGUGGAAACCUGGAAACAGCGCAUCAGAAAAGACAUACACACUCAUCAUACAACAACAAAGCAGAAACUAUUGCAGAGUUUACCACAACAUCACUGUGCUCUCUCAAAAGAUCAGAUUAUAUGAAACUGACAUGGUGGCGGAGAUUUAUGAAAACAGCGCGUCAACAAAUUGCACAAAAGCAGUUUUCAGUGGUUCACCACAGAAGCGAUGUGGUCCUCCACAUAACGUGUCCUUUAGUCGCCACUCUGGAAGACUGUAUGUGAAUGUGAGCUGGCCAAAGGAGGACAUAAAGGUCAUUGAGUAUUACAAUGUGAGCUAUAAAGCACUGGGCUGGUCAUGGAUCAAGUCCGUGCAAUCCCAAAAUGCAGAGAAAUGUACAGUGGACAAUCUGAACUCCUCCCUGGUCUACACUGUACAGAUACAGUGCGUCACUAAUGUUAACUGCCCAAAGUGUGCAGAGAGUGAAGCCUACACUGUCCCAUCAGAACUGACUACACAGCCGGUCAUUGUCAACCUUGAAGAAACUCACAUCAAGGGAAGAAAAGGCUGCCGGCUGCUUUCUUUAACCUGGAAGUUUCCUACCAAAGAGCUGCAUGAUGGCUACCUAGUGACCAUUGGUAAAGCGUCAGGAGAGGCUCCAUGGGAAGGGAUAAACACCACCCAACCGGAAAUCAGACUAGUUCUCUCCUAUUCAGCUUAUCAUCUCAACAUCAGUGCUGUGAACAACGUUAGCACCUCCCCAGCGGUGAGCCAGGCAAUAACACAGCGAGAGGAUAUGUCACGUAUGAGAGCUGGGAAGCUGAACAUGACGGUCCACAGCAAUACAUCUUUUACUAUCUAUUGGAAAGACAAUCUCAUCCAAAACUAUGUCUGCUAUUCUGUGGAGUGGACGAGGAAAGGACAUGAAACAAUGUCCAUGCCCUUUUAUCAGAACACAUACAACUACAGGACCUUAUCUCAUUUACCAGAGCCCUUUGAGCCCUAUAAGAGAUACAGCAUCACUCUGCACACACGGCCAAACAAGGACACCUGCAACAUGAAGCAUGUGAACAACAGCGAGACCACCUAUGGGAGAACACAGUUCUAUUCCACGGAAGGAUCUCCCGUCAGCGCUCCCACAAACAUCAGCAGCUACAAUGUGACGCUGAGUUCAGUGGUGCUGCAGUGGACGUCCAUCCUGGAGGAAGACAUCAGAGGUUUCCUACUGGGCUACAUCAUCUACUACAAUGAGUACCACCACGGAAGGUCAAGCACAGAGAAAAAUAUUACAGUGGAUCCAAGGCUGACCAGUUAUGAAUUGGGGCGUCUCAAAGAUGGCACAGCCUACGAAGUCCAGAUAUCAGGUUUCACCAAGGCAGGAGCCGGAGUACGAAGCACAGCGAGCCUAUUUAAAACUAAUCACCAAGAAUUUUCUAAUCUCAGUGGCAUCAUCACAAUCUCUGCAGUUGUGGCCACUGUGCUGAUAAUUGGACCUCAUAUAAUAAAAAGAGCAAAAAUUAUUCUGUGGCCAAGCAUACCAAACCCUGGAAAGAGCAAUGCCAUGCAGAACAUAGAAGAGCCCUGUGAAAUGGAACUACUGGAGUCCAUCAACACUCUGAAGGUUCAAGAAUGGGACGCAAACAGCCUUCAGAUCGUUGAGAAAGAAGAUGUGAUCCCUGCUGGCACAUUAGCAUCAAUGUUACCGCUUCUCUGCAGGUCAGAGGACGAGGGAGACUCACAGGAAAUGACUCUUCACUGGAUCCAACGAGACACCGAGGAUGAAACUGAAGAUAUAGAAAAUGACGAAACAUUCCCGGAUAUCCAACAGACAGACACUAAAAGUUCCCCUUUGGCCUUCACAGGUGGAUAUACAACAUUGGAUAUGUUUCAGCAGGGGAUGCCAGUGAUUACAUCUGUGACUCAAGCCACGGAGAGCAAACAAGAGGACGAAGACUUGACUGUGGUAAAACCAAGUUUGGACUAUAUAGGACACUUUGGCACCAGUCCGAUAUUGGACAGCAGGAUGUCCACAAUUAUGUGAAAACUGUUUGGAACGGGACUUCAGACCACGAAGAGCCAAGAACGGGAUCACAAGAACCAUCGUCCAUACAUGGUUCAAUCAAAUGACUUCUCUAUUAUCUGGGAGGUGCACUAUAAGGGAAAUAACCAGUCGCAAAUCAAGCAAAGAAUGUAGCUCUAUUAAUGCCGGCUGUUAAAAAUACUGUUGAGUAUGCAAAAGUAUAUUUGUAUAAAGAGAAGUUAAGUAAGACUGUUUUUCCCUCUUCCUGCCUCUCUGCUUACCAUGCACAUCAACGUCUCUGCUCAUUUCUGUAACUCUUUAACUCAUAAACAUACUGAACAUACAGUAUGUUAUUCUCAUAUCUAAACCUGAAUACCUCAUGAUGGAAACAUGACUGAAAAGACUUUAUGAGCAUGAAUGUUUCAUUGGAAAAUACUUGAGUACACCGCAUUUUACGUAGAAACAUGGUACACAAAGGUAAAUAUUGGGUUGAUGUAAUGUAAAUUUGCGUAUCAAUUUUAGUAAAAAUAGUAAUAUGGUAUUAGAUUGUAACCAUUAACUGCUGUCCAUGAAGAGUGACCUAGAUCAUUUAUUUAUUAGAAUUAUCCCUGAUAACAAGUCUGGUAAUGUGAUAUUUUAGUGGUUUUAGGGAACGCAAUGGUGGAGCAUCAAGUUUGGGACAAAAUCAGUAACACUGAGUAAUAAACGUCCACGUUCUUUCAACAUUAUGAGUUAUAUUUCAUGAACACACAACUGAAGAACUGAGAACAACUUCCCAACCUCGCAAAUGGGACCAUUCGAGGAGCUCCUGAACGCACCAUUCAUGAUGGGUCCGUUCUGUUUAAGUGUUUAAGGGAGUCAACGUACACAAUACCAGAAAACUGAGGAACAGCCAGAGGAUUACCAGAGUAAGAUUCAUCCUCUGAAGAUCAUGAAUAUCUACAGACCAACAUUGCUAAAACAAAAAAAGAGGAAUGGAUGGAAGGUUUUGUGGCGUGUCAUGUAGUUAAAAGUGUCUUUGCUCAACAUUUUGGAAUUAUUUAUUUUAUCACCUCUUGGUCAAAUUGCAGCAUUUUAACCCAAAAC